AUGCAAGCAGAAUUGAAGCAAGGGACGUACCAUCUCUCACUUUCCGAAUUAGCUGGUGAAGCGUUGUUGAGCUUCAAGCCUAUCAACUCCAUUCAUCAGCAUUUCUACGCAUUUCAUGUAUAUUCGCAUGAUCAAACCUGCUCUGUUGAGGCGCAUCACUUCUGUACCCAUGUUUCCGCUGAUCUGCACCAAUACGUCAUCUACGACUCAUAUGAACCUAGAGCAAAGUUGAUUGGCAUCGAGUACAUAGUGUCUGAGAAGGUCUUCAAAAACCUACCUUCUGAAGAGAAGAGAUACUGGCAUUCUCACAAAUAUGAGAUUGAAAGUGGUCUACUUCAACUUAUGGCCAAAGGUGCCGUGCCAAACGUAGUCACGGAUAUUGCUGAACAUCCUGCAAUGCUUGAACUUCAACAAACAUAUGGCAAGACCAUCCAUACUUGGGCAAUAGAUUCAACGCCCGAACUACCACUUGGCCCACGGAACCUCAUGAUGUCAUUCACCUACAAUAAUCCUCACGAUCCUAGCAUUGUAAGAGAGAGGGAUGAGCGCUAUGGGAUUGCGACCGAUGCGAUGAGGGAUUCUCGCAAGAAAUAUCUGCCGUCGUAUGAGCUUGUGGAUGGAGUAGACAAUUGGGAGAAGACCGGGAAGGCUAUUGUAUUCAAGGCCGCCGAAAGUCUCGUUCAGGUUCACAUCUAUCGACCCAUGUUGUAUCUUUUAGUCGAAAUGCAAGCGAUAGUUUUGCUCAUUCACUCAACUUGCGGUUGGAUUGUUCGCAAACCACAUGACCUGAUAUUUUUGACCAAUUGUGCUUAA